CCAUUACUGCGCUUAGUACUAUGCCUCAUUCACAAUACGCAUAAAAUCUAAAGUUUCGUUCAUAUGGUACUGACAGUCAAAAGGUUUCUAUGGUGUACUAUGAUUCGAUACUAUUGCGUAAGUAUUACGCGUAUAGUGAAACGUCAAAUGCAUGAACGUAGUCUUAACAGACACGUGGUUUUCUGAACGCAAUUGUAAAUUUUGAGUGCACUAAUUACUGAGAAAACUCUUUAAAAAAAGAUAGUGCAUAGUAUUCGAUAAGGUCUAUUAUUCGUUUCUUUAAUUUCACAAGAUGAAAUAUCUAUGGACAAUAAUUUCUAAUAAUUGUAUUUAAAAGUAAAUGGAAAAAAAAAUGAUAUAUAAUAAAAUAAACAUUUAUAAUGAAAAUCUUGAUAAAUAUAUAAUGUAUUUAAUAAAAUAUAACAAUGUGCAUGUAUUAUUUAAUGAGACUAAACGUGCGCUGUGGAAACCGUCUUAAUGACGCAUCGUAAAAUAACUUCAAUUGAUUUUGUUCAUAGUUUAUCAAUCUCUGUUACGUCAACUAUUACGAUUAACUUAUAUUUAUGUUUAGUGCUUGAUACAUUUUUUACUUACAAAUUCUUCAUUAUACUAGCUUGAUAUUAAUCAUACUUUAACGGUAGUGAUCUCACAGGGAAAGGAAAUCGUUUCGCAAUGGAAACUUCAGAAGCAGUUGUGAUAGGAGGAGAGGAUUACAAAGUUGUUGACGAAUGUUUGGAAGAAGAAGACUCGUUAAAUACUCAUAAUCAUUUAAAUCAAAUGGAAAAUUUGGAAGAAAACGACACUCAAAACUCUAUUAGAAUAGAAAUAUCUAAUAAUGAUAUAUUUAAAGAAACACAAAUGGAUAUAAAAGAGAACAUAGAAAUAGAAAUAGUACAUGAUGUUGUUUCUGAUACCAAAGAAAAAGAUAAAAAAAGUUGUAUUUCAAAUACAGAAACAAUAGAAGCAAAACCAGAAGCAAAACCAGAAGCAAAACCAGAAGCAAAACCAGAAGCAAAACCAGAAGUAACACUAGAAGUAACAGCAGAAGUAAAAUCAGAAGAGAAUAAGAAUCCUAUUGAUUUAAUCGCAGAUAUUACUUCAGAUAAAUUAAACGAACAGAAUAAUUUAAUAUAUGAAGAUGUUAUUCAUCAUCUUGACGAAAUAGAAAGUAUAGUAUUAAAUUCUACAUGCUUUAUUGAUUCAAAUAAAAACAAGCAAUCUAAAACAGAAAAUUUAUCUGAAAAUAUUGUUAGAUCUAUAAAUUUAAAUCUAAAUAAACAAUCUAAAUUAGAAAGUUUAUCAGAAAAUAUUACUGAAUCUAUAGAUUCUAAUGAAAAAAAGCAAUCUGAAGCAGAAAAUUUAUCUGAAAAUAUUGUCAGUGAAGAUCAAGAAGAAAUUACAAAAGCAAGUAUCGUGCUUAUAGAUAUUUCAUCCCCUAACAUAAAAACAGAAUUACCCAUAAAAACAGAAUUAUCUAUAAAAACAGAAACACAUUGGUAUGAAAAGAAGCUAACAGAAAAAUUAGAUACUAUUAAGGAACGAAUGUCAAAAUUAGCGCGUGUUUUAGAAAACUCUUAUCCAGUUUAUAAAACAUGGUUAAACUACACAGAAAAAGUUUAUGGAUCACCUAUAUGUAAACUAGAACCACCACGUCGCUGGCCAUUAGAUAAACAUCACACUAAUCGUUGGAAAUUUAAUUGCAGCAGAAUAAGUGUGGAGGUAUCAAAGAAGGGGGAUGCAUCUCUUCACAGUAAGGAAAAAGUGUGGCGGGUGGAACCAGCUGGAGCAUGGGGUGUUAGUAAACAUACCAUCCCUGAGAUUCCGCCUUUUGUAUUACGCGCAGUCAAGAUAUUCGAAGACUUUCUUCAAUCUGUACAACAGGCAGAUGAAGCUCUUCUCUCAGAACAAUUCUCUAGCGACACAUGCAUAGAAAUUGAUCAGAAAAACGAAACAAAGCCACGAUGGCUUUGGCUCAUAGUAAGAUGUAAUAGCUUAGAGGAAAUUAUGUUAUUUGUAACCGGAAAAAAUAUUAGUCGGAGUACCAUGGAUCAUUUGAAACAAGUAUAUGAAUCUGGACCCGGAAAAGGUUGCAAUGUUAAAUCUAUCUAUUGUGAAUCUAUAUAUAAUAAAUCUAAUGAUAUGGUUGCCUCGAAUACAACAUUUUUGGUAGGAUCGGAAGUUUUAGAUGAAGUUGUCGGAGGUAUAAAAGUACAAUUAGCUCCAAAAACAAAUUUUUGGUCUAACCCCGUAGGUGCAGAAAACGUAGCAAAAACUGUAAUAGAGUUAUUAGCACCUUCGUCGAGAACAACAGUUCUUGAAGUUGGAUGUGGAUUUGGUCUGAUUGGAUUAAUGGUGGCAUCUAAAUGUCGAAAAAUUAUAGGAGUUGAUUCAAGAUCAGAAAUUGAAGAAGCAGAAAUGACAUGCGAAUUGAAUAAUAUAAGUAAUGCUUCUUUUGUAGUGGGUUCUUCAUCUGAAGUUACGAAUGUAAUAGCUGAUGUAUUAAGAAAUUGCAAAGCUUCUGCCAUCAUCAAUACAAGUACCAAUGUUGGACGAGCAAUCGACCUUAUGAUAUGUCUAAGAAAAAUUAUUUCGCUGAAGCGAUUAGUAAUGAUAACAACCUUGACAAAACAAUCUGUACGUGCUAUAAUAGAAUUGGUUAGACCUGGUAAUCGAAACAUGGGAAAUCCAUUUAUACCUGUAAAAGCAUAUCUAGUCGAUACAUUACCAAUUGGACCACAUUUUGAAAUAGUAAUUUUAAUGGAGCGACAUCUUAUGUUUAAUCAACCAUUGUUUUUUGGAGCAUUACAAGAAACAAGUUCCAGCAACAAUGCUGAUAGUUCUAAAAAACAACCAAUUGAACCAGCAGCUUCUACAUUUAAUAACAAAAAAGUAAACCAAAAAACAAUUAUUGAUAAAAAGACAGGAUUUAUUCGUUCUAAAGCGAAAUCUAAGGGAAAACGUGUUCAUUCGCCGGAAAGGAAUGAAGGUCCAGCAAAAAAAUUCGCCAGAAAGUUUGAUAAAAUUGUUUUUAAGCCACGCAGAGGUGAUUGGUCAAGAAGAAAGAAUAAAGUAGAGGAAGGUUCUGAACUUCGUAUUAAUCCUAUGUAUGAAAAAAAAGUACGAGAAAACAAUGAUCGAAUAGAUCUACGAGAAAAGUUGUCCAAUAAUCGCAUUGAUCCUGAAAUUGUAAAUAAAGUAAAAGAACAGCAAGUGAUCUUAGAUAUAGCGAAAGAAAAAUUAAGUGGAUCUUCUGCUGCGGUAGAUGUAACAACUGCUAAACAAUUACAAGAUAUGUUGAAUAUGGUUCUUGAACAAACGAAUAAACUUCAGAGUCAACUACCACGUUCAGUUUGGGAUCGUAUUGCUCCGCCUGAAACAACUGGACAUUCAACCGACAAAAAAGAUAAUCAAUCUGAUCCAUUACUUAAGGGUCGUUAUAUACAAGAAAUAGGAACGAAAGACAUUUUAAUAACCAAGGAAAAUAAACAAUUUCUAGAAAAUGAUGAAGAAAAAGUAAUAAAUCCAAUGUAUAAAAAAUAUGGAAAUAUAAAACCAAUAGAACCAACAUUGUUAAUGCCUAUGACCAAUGAUACACCUAUAUUGAACAUAUCUUUACAAAAAUCAUCAUCAGAGCGUUAUCAUGGAUCAGAUUUUCGUAAACAUCAUUUUGAAGAAAUCUCUUGGAAUAAAAACAAAGAUUUUGACAAAACUUGUUGGAGUGAAUCUAGCAGUACAAGGAAACAGACACCGUCACCUAUGAGAAAGCAUAUAUCUCCUUUAAGACAUCGCUUAUCUCCUUCAAGACGAUUUUCACCAAAACUUCCACUCUCAUCUCCUCCAAGACGGCCACUUUCUCCUCCUAGAAAACAUAUGUCUCCUCUUAGACGUCCAAUGUCUCCCUUCAAAUCGCGUAAUACUUUAAUAGAUCGUCCUUAUUCUUCGUCAAAUCGUUCAGUAUCAGGAUCAAGACGUCCUUUGUCACCACCUAGACGUGCAUUUUCUCCACUGAUGCGUCAAAUAUCACCCAGAAGACAUAUGUCACCACCAAAACAAUACACGUCUUCAAUGAGAACUUCCAUGACAUCGCCGAGAAGAAAAAUGUCUCCUAUAAGACAUCAAGUAACUAUGUCAAAAAGACAUCAUCUAUCGUCAUCUGGAAGGAUUAUAUCUCCGUCACGUCGAGAAAUGCAAAGAAUGAUGUUAAUGUCUCAAGAGAGACGGCAUCAAUCUCCUAUGCGAGUGGAAUCAUCAUUUCGAAUCGUUUCGAAUCGUCCUAUAUCACCUCUAAGCCGUCAAAUAACGCCACCUGAAAGAUACUCUGACGAUUGGGAUAUACCAAGUCGUGGUGCCAUCGAACAAAGUACUUGGCAUCCUAGCAGUAGAAUACCCAAUAAAUCGUGGCGCGAUGAAAGACAAUCUUCUAAUUCCAAUUGGGACCAACAAGCUUCUAGUAUUAAUAGAUAUCGUAAUAGUAUUGUAAAUCAAGAUAAGUGGGAUAUUAAAAACUCGUCUCAAGAUAAUGUAAAAAUUUCUGUUGGAGGAGAUAUAUGGAAUACUAAACUAUCAUCAAUGAUGCAAAGUUCAAAGGAUGCCUGGACUACAAAUUUUGAUAACAGGUGGUCAGGAUCUUCGAGCUUACCAUUAAAUAACGAUAAUUGGAAUAUUCGAGGAAAGGAAAGUUUCAGUAGCAGAGAAGAAUCCUGGAUGGAUAAAAAUAAGAGCAGGUGGACAGAUCCACAAAUGAUUAAGGAUAUUUGGAAUCAAAAAGGAGAUAAAGAUGAUUGGAACGAUCUUCCAGAAGAUGCAAUAGAUCCAUGGAGUGACGAUAAUAGUAUUGGUCUAAAGGAACGAUGGUACAAGUUUGAUCCACCAAGUACAUCCAGUUGGGGAAGAGAGGACGAAAUGAUGGACUCGUGGUCUAAUCAAAAAGAUAAUUGGCAAAACAAAGGACAAUCUGCUGGAGCUUCCAAAUCUCUAUGGGAAAGCAAUAAUAAUCAAAAUCUAGGAGAUGUACUUUGGAUGGAUAUUUCAAAAAAAUUGCCACCUCCUGCCUGCCAGAGUGGAAAUACUUUAGGGACGUCAUGGCAACAGCAGCCUGUGUUAAAUUUACAAUCUCAGCGUUCUUUUACAAUGGAUCACUUUAAAGAUCUUUGAUAAUAUUCUUCUUUUCUUUCUAAUAAGCUAUAGAGAAAAUUUGUAUUUAAUUAUUUUCCCUUUAAAUUGUUUUUAUUGUGGUUAUUAAAGUUUAUUUUAUUUAAAGUAAUCAAAUAGCUAAAAGCAAAUAAUUGUGAUCAAAAGAAAAAUAUUUUGUUAUAAUUUUUUUCAUUGUAAUUAUUAGAAUUAAAUAUUUGUACAACACAAUUUUUUGAUUAUUCCUAUUUUUUUUUUGCCAAUAAAUAUGUAUGUAUGUUAAAUAACAACGUACAACUGUUAUAAGUAUUUUGAACAUCAUAACCGUUGGCGACAGAACUGUUAUGUAUACUAUUAUAAUACUUAUUAUAAUAAUAUCGUUUUUUCAUAUGAAUAACGUUAUUGUAAUGUAAACAUUAUAUUCACAAAUAAAAAGAAAUGUAUCUCAUAAU